AUGGCGGUUGAUGCUGGAGUGCACCUCAGUGCAAUCAAAACUAUCCUGGAACAAACACAGCCGGCGAACCUUGGGCAGAGCGGCGGAAACCCACUUCCACAUACCCUCAAGACAGGGCCCUUCGCCGGACUUGAGAUCCCAAAUGCCACAGCAGAGGCAAACGCAGCGCACAUCUACAAUGAGCUAAUCGAGACAUAUCUGAUAACCCAUCCUCAUCUCGAUCAUAUCGCCGGGAUGGUUAUCAACACUGCCUGCCCCCCGGCCGCCACGCACAAGAGGAUAGCGGUCUCCAAGCCCAAGACGAUAGCUGCCCUCCCGGAUACCAUAGACGGCCUGAGAACUCACAUCUUCAACAAUGUCAUAUGGCCGGACCUGAGCGAGGCGGGGCUGGUGACGUACAUGCGCUUGGUGGAAGGCGGAUCUCCUCUGGCUGGUGAGGGAGACGGGAUAGGAUACACUGAAGUCUGUACUGGCCUUGCUGUGAAGGUGUGGAGCGUCAGUCACGGCUCCUACAUCGAAAAGCACAAUUCUCGUGGCAGUAUCGGCUCUCGUCACCACAGCUUCGACGCAUCGUCAGUUGGACCUACACAAAUCGUACCAUAUCCUCCUUCUCGCAAUCUCACGCCUCCCGUCGCUGUCCCUGAGCAGGACGAACGCAUGCAAACCUGCGUGUCCAACAGCUCGGUGUACUUCAUCAAGCACGUCGCUACGGGCCGAGAGAUACUCAUCUUCGGCGACGUCGAACCGGACAGCCUCAGCCUCAAGCCGCGCAACAGCAAGAUCUGGCAGCAGGCCGCCCCAAGGAUCGUGGAUGGGAAACUUGCAGCGAUCUUUAUCGAGUGCAGCUACGACAACUCACGGCGCGUUGAACAGCUCUUCGGUCACAUGACUCCGCGGUACAUCAACGAGGAGAUGAAAGCCUUGGCCGAAGAGGUGGUCGCUGUGCGGCAGAGCAGAGAAGGGAGAGAGGCCCCAAAGCGCAAGAGGGGUGUCGACGACAAGUCCGUGGAAACCGCUGCAAAGCGGCAAAGCAGGUCACAGUCGAAGGCUUUUCGUGGGCGAAAGCUAGUAGCCCGCUCCGUCCCGGCAAGGAGAAGUCCUAGGCUACGUAGUCGAGCCAGCUCCCCUGCUAGCUCCGCGUCUGAGUAUGACCAUGACCAGCACGGCCGGCCACGCCACAAGACCUUCCCACGAUCGCACCCGCUCCGCAGCACGACUAUCAGUAGGGAGUCAUCGUGCAGUCUUCCAACGGAGUGGGAAGAAGCUGGCCCCGGCCAAGUUCAAGGUCUAAGCCAGGAUCAAGACCUCAGCAAUGCGCUCAAGGGACUGAAAGUCGUGAUUAUACACGUUAAGGAGAGCAUGGCUGAUGGGGAGCCGGCGCGGAAGAUCAUUCUGGAUCAGCUAAACGAGCUGGAGCAGGUUGCCUCGCUGGGGGUUAUAUAUGAAAUCAGUGAGGCGGGGAAGGACUACCGGUUCUGA